GUGUACAGACAGGAUAUGUGUUCAGUGUAAUAGUGAAUUGAAUAUAAGAUAAAUGAAUGAGACGACAUGAUCAUUAGUAGUAUUAUUGCUAUUAACACAGCUAGCUAUUUUAUCUGAAGCUGAGCUAGGGAUAAAAAAGACGAGUCACUUCAACUCUUCUGUGCCAUACACAUACACAUAUACAUAUCCAUCAGUACGGUAAGUACCGCCGUGGCCAACACAGUUUGAUUUCUUGCAUUUUUAAAUGACAAUGAGCUAUGAGUCACUGACUAUCACUACACUUACAUUUCUUUUAUCUUUGCACUGUACACAAUGUGGUCAGGUUCGCUCAAAUCAUACCAAGAACACCAGUAAUAUUGGUGGUAGCCAUGGUGGUCCUGGGAGUGGACAUAGUGAUGGAGGCGGUGGUGGUCAUAGUAGCGAUAUAGUUGUGGCGAAAUGGGAAUUUUCUGACUUUGAAAUACACAUUGCUGUCAUGCUAUUUCUACUGAUUAUGAUACUCAUCAAAAUAACAUACCAUCGCGUACCGUAUGUGUCUGCCUAUGUUCCAGAAUCAUUUGUUCUCAUCGUCAUCGGUAUUAUCUUCGGUGCAAUUGUCCGGUAUGGGAUUGAAAAAGGAGUUGCAAAAAGAAAUGUUUGGAAGUUAACACCUUCAUUAUUCUUCACAUAUUUAUUACCACCGAUAGUUUUAGAAUCAGCUUAUAGUCUGUAUAAUAGAACCUUUUCUGAAUAUCUUGGAGUUGUUUUAAUAUUUGCUGUAUUGGGUACAAUAUUCAACUUUUUAAUUAUUGGAUUUGUUAUGUAUGCACUAAAUGAAGUAGGAGCAUUUGGACCACCAAAAUUGGAUUUUGAUGUCAAAGGAUUUUUGUUAUUCAGUUCACUGAUUGUCGCUGUUGAUCCAGUUGCUGUGUUGGCCAUCUUUCAAGAUAUUGGUGUAGAAUUAGGCUUAUACUAUAUUGUAUUUGGAGAGUCUCUGUUGAAUGAUGCUGUAACUGUUGUACUGUAUGACAUCAUGGAUGCAUUCACUGGGAAGGAAUAUGUAUCUGGAAAAGAAAUUGGAAUCGGUAUCGCAUCCUUUUUCACAGUAAGCCUCGGUGGACUUCUUAUUGGUGUCUUGUAUGGGAUUUUCACAUGUCUAGUAACCCGAAUCAAGAGCCGUUUGAAUGCUUUCACUCUACUGUUGCUUGCUUAUUUUUCCUACAUAAUGGCUGAUUGUGUUGGAUGGUCGGGGAUUAUUUCAAUGAUUGGCUGUGGAUUGGUUCAAGCUGCCUAUGCAUUUCACAAUCUAGAUAGACAUUCAAUUACAAUGGUGAGGAAUCUAACUAAAGUUGUUUCUGAGAUGAGUGAAUCUGUCAUAUUUUUAUUCUUGGGAAUUGAGGUGGUCUCUACCAAACUUGUCUGGCAUACUGGUUAUAUUCUUUGGGCAUUAGUUUGGUGUCUGAUUGCUCGUGCUGUUGUUGUUUUCGGCAUAACAGCUGCAGUCAAUUUAUCCCCUUAUUCUAGAACUAGGAUCAGCUUCACUCAACAGAUAGUUCUGAUUUAUGGAGGAUUGAGAGGAGCUGUAGCCUUUUCACUGGCUGUCCUCAUUCUACCAAGUAAACUUGGACCAAACGGUGUGUACAAUCGUGAAUUAAUUGUAACAACAACCUUGUUUAUUAUUCUAUUCACUGUUGGUUUCAUGGGUAUAACAAUGAAGCCACUUGUCAAGUUAUUAAAAAUUCGUAUGGAAGCUAAACAAAAACUAAGUCUAUUCGAUUCUUUAAAUGACGGAAUAUUUGAUGAAACACUGGCUGGAAUUGAAAGUCUUGUCGGUUCUAAAGGUCGGAACGCUAUACGUGAUUUAAUAAUGCGUCUCGAUGAAAAAUACCUACGUAGAUUUCUACAACGUGAACCUGAUACAUAUGAUCAAAAAAUGCUAAAAGUCUAUGAGAAGAUUGCAUUAAAACUGCAUUAUGCUACAAUGCGACCAAGUAAAACUGAAAUUAUCUUAAAAGAUAUACCUGAAACACUGAAGUAUCGAUUUUUAUCAUCGCAUGUUUCAACAGUAUCAAUACCUGGAUUGAUAAGUGCCAACUGUUCAAUGUUAAAUCUACCUAGCGCAAAUAAAUUAAAUGUACCGAAUAAUGUACUGAAACCUGUUGAGGAACCCAAUCAUAUCGAAUUUGGUACAAAUGCUACAAACCGAAGGCGAUCAUCUACGUUGACUAGUGACAAUUUAGCUCCAGAAGUCAAACAAGUUUUUCGAUAUUCACGUAGACCAAGUUUAGCACCAAAGCAAAAGAGACAGUUAGAUUUUGAUGAAGCCUUUUUGGAUGUAAUGAAGUCACGAAGUCGUGCUUUGAAACAUCAGAUUCAACAGCCUAAUAAUGAUCGCAAUAAAAUUCCAACAAUUGGAACCAAUAAUCAAGCAUACAUAAAUGAAGAGGAUGAAGUGGUCAAUACAUUGAAAACUCUUGAAGAAGAUGAAGAUGACAGCUUCACAGAAGUGUUGACUAACAAUACAGAUGCAACGAGAAUGGUAAAAUUCAAUGUUGAUAUAAAUGAAUCUACCUAUUUAAACAAAGAUAUCAAUGACAGUGAUGAGAAUUGUCAUCGUCUGUGAACAAAAAGCAAACAAUUUUACUCCUUCUAAUUGGAAUGUUUUUUUCAGACAGUAAUAUCUUAGCUAUCAUCAACGAAUUCAGUGCUUCCAUAUAUAUUUUCUUAGAUACAUGUAAAACAAAUAACCAGACGAAUUUUUAAGUUGUUAAAUGUUCAAUCAUUAAUUUAUUGUAUCCGUCGCAGAUAUCUAAACUCCAAUUGUUACAUAGAUAAAUAAGGAGGCACGUAAACAUUCAUAUGCAAAAGGUAACACUAAUAAAGUAAGUACAUCUCAUUACAGUUCACGCUCAACUUUUUACAAUCAUUAGAAUACUAAUUGUAUAUAUGACUAAUAAUUUAAACAAAAAAUGAUUUUCUCACUUUUUCAAGGAAAAUAAUAUCAAGCAUUUUUAAUAUAUUUUUUACUCUAGAUUUAAUAAAGUGAAACUUAAACCCUUACUUACUUUGUUAUUACCCACCUAUUGAUCAAUGAUUAAUGGAUUGACAUUCUAGUGAAGUUUUGAACAUGAUUAGCGUUUUUGCAAUGCAUACAUAUCCUUGUAUAUGAUUUAAAUAUCUUUCUCUGAAAUACAGAUAAAAAGUUUAUAAAUCUUGG